GCAGCUCUUCCUGAAACCAAAACAAAGAUUGACGGAGUCGCAGCUCGCUUUGAAUUAAAGUUCAGAAAGUCAGACGUGACCGAUGGAGUAAACCGCCUCCAAGCGUUUAGUCUUUUCUAUGCCAGCCUCCACACCCCGGCUACAAUGAGCUCGCUGGCCGGCGGCGGUGACCCGGGCAACGGGGAGGUAGACCCGCCGAGAGCCGCGGAGAGACCCACCGACAGCAGGAAGACUGAGGGCAGAGCUAACGAGAAGAAAUGCUCAUGGGCGUCCUACAUGACCAAUACCUCCACCAUGAUUGUAAUGAUUGGUCUGCCUGCGAGAGGGAAGACCUACAUGUCCAAGAAGCUGACUCGCUACCUCAACUGGAUAGGAGUACCCACAAAAGUGUUCAACUUGGGAGAGUACCGGCGUGAAGCUGUCCAGUCAUACAAGUCCUACGACUUCUUCAGACACGACAAUGCAGAGGCCAUGAAAAUCAGGAAACAGUGUGCUCUCAUUGCCCUGCAGGAUGUGAAGGUGUAUCUAAACGAAGAGGGUGGUCAGAUUGCGGUGUUUGAUGCCACCAACACAACUCGAGAGAGGAGGGACCUCAUUCUGGGGUUUGCCCAGGAGAAUUCGUACAAGGUGUUUUUUGUCGAGUCAGUUUGUGACGACCCAGAUGUCAUCGCUGAAAACAUUAUGGACGUGAAGGUGUCCAGCCCAGACUAUCCUGAGAGAAACCGCGAGAGUGUGAUGGAGGACUUCCUGAAGAGGAUCGAGUGCUACAAAGUCACAUAUCAGCCUUUAGACCCAGACCAGCAUGACAAAGACCGCUCCUUUAUCCAGGUGAUAAACGUAGGCCAGCGUUUCCUGGUGAACCGUGUGCAGGACUACAUCCAGAGCAAAAUCGUCUACUAUCUGAUGAACAUCCAUGUCCACUCACACUCCAUCUACCUGUGUCGCCAUGGAGAGAGCGAACACAACAUCCAGGGCCUGAUCGGAGGAGACGCUGGCCUGUCUUCUCGGGGAAAAGAGUUUGCUCGUGCUCUGCGGGGUUUUGUGGAGAACCAGAAGAUAGUGGGCCUCAAAGUGUGGACCAGCCAACUUAAGCGCACCAUUCAGACGGCCGAGGCGUUGGGCGUGCCUUAUGAACAGUGGAAAAUCCUCAACGAGAUUGAUGCUGGAGUUUGUGAAGAAAUGUCCUACGAGAUGAUCAGGGACAAGCACCCUGAAGAAUAUGCCAUGAGAGAUCAGGAUAAAUAUCACUACCGCUACCCAGGAGGAGAGUCAUAUCAGGACCUGGUACAGCGUCUGGAGCCGGUGAUAAUGGAGCUGGAGAGACAGGGAAAUGUCCUGGUCAUCUGCCAUCAGGCCGUCAUGAGAUGCCUUCUAGCCUACUUUUUGGACAAGAGUGCAGAUGACUUGCCAUAUCUGAAGUGUCCACUCCAUGUGGUGCUGAAGCUCACCCCUGUGGCGUAUGGCUGUAAAGUGGACAUGUUUGACCUGAAAGUUGAAGCUGUGAACACACACCGGAACAGACCACUGGUCUGUGGCAGACAUGACGUCCCGCCUGCUCUGCUGCGGAGGAACAGUUUUACGCCCAUGUCGAGUCAGGACCAGGUGAAGCGCCCACGUCUCUUCAGUGUGGGAAACCCACCCCGAACCCCUCUGCCCCCCGCGCUGGACUCCACACGGGAGAGCGACGAGCUCACAGAGAAACCAGAAACCCUUAACUGCUUCAGUCCAGCCGACUCAGACGACAACGUCCAGAAAUGAAGAAACAAGCACUUAAACCUCCACCUGUAUGACUCGUGUUGUUACGCUUACGUCAGCUCCACACCUUAAUCCUCUGAAGCCCAACCUAGAAACAAGCCAAUCCUGCACAUAGUUCAUCUCCUCCUGCUGCUGUCAUUACUGUGUGUGUCAAAGCAACAUCUGUAUUCAUUUCAUUUCUCUGUAAGUACUACUGACGGAUGCUACCAGCUGCCUCUUUCACUGAAACUCUACUGCACACAUCCUGAGAAGCUAACCUUUGGAAAACAGCUGCACACAGAACUAGACUUUUAUGAUGUUUGUUAGAAUGAAAACAUUGCCUUUGUUUGGUGGGAGUUAAUAGUAAUUGGAGCACAGUUGAGUGUUUUCCACGGUUUGGCGGUAUAGCAGUAACACAGUAUUCCAUCGUAUGUAACUACUUAUGGUGUUGGGAUGUAAACAAAGUCAUUCAGAAUCGUCUGAUGUUGAAUGGUCUAUUGUAGAGAAACACAGAGUCAGAUUUUUUUUUACAGUCGUGGUGAUAGAAACCAGGAGUCACUAUGCCUACAUCACAAAUCUAGAAAUUGUAUUCGCUAACCAAAAUGACCAGUAAACCUACAUGUGUCUUCUAAGUUUUUAUAUGUAAAGUUGAUGAUGGCAAAACAAGUUUUUUGUGAACUAUUUCUUUUCAGAAAUAAGUUUCAGGCCAAAACCUUCUCAAAACUAUCAUAAAACAAUGUCUCAGCCAUCAGACAUCAUAUUUUGGCAGUCAUGGGCUGGAGGUUAGG